AUGGGGGGAACAACAAGCAGACCACUGUGUGGUUUUUAUCCAUUGACAUAUAUCACAUUUGGAAACAUAAUACAACUACAGUUCAAGUCUGAUGAUUCAUCUGAAAAUAAGGGUUUCAAAUUCACAAUCAAGUCGGUGAAAAACUUGGAUGACACUUUUUGCAUUGGUAGUAUAUUAGGUGGUGAGGAUUCGAGAAUAGUGAACAGAGAAACUUCAGGAGACAACUGUUUUUACCGAAUACAGGCACCAAAACAAAAUGAUAUAACAUUGACACUCAAAAUGCUAGAUUUUGGCUCAGCCAGUUGUGAGGAGGAAAGUAUAAUUAUUUAUGAAGGUCACAGUACACGUAAGUUUUGUAAAAUACUAUCAUUCUUUAAUGUAAAGUGUAUUUAAAAAAACAGGAACCGUCUUAAUACUUAUAAAUAAACAUUCAACUAGUAAGGAUUUAUCUAAACGUUUUCCUAUCUGUUCGUAAGUUUAUCUAUUCAGCCGCUUUGUAGACUCUGUUGUUGAUGGAUCAGAAUAUAAAGAUUAGCUGACACUGAAGCUCUGUAUAGUGAUGUAUGUUUCGACAUUUGAGUCAACUUAUUGCAGCCUGGAAAUUUGCUAAUCGAAAUUAAUAUUUGUUUUAUAAUUUCAUAUCU